AUGAGUUCAGAGAAAGCAACCACAGGGAACGAACCUUUGGCACCCACCCGCAUGAGAAUGCGAUCUGUUCCAACAAGAUUCUCCUGGAGAAAUAGUGAUGGCGGAAGGUAUAAAACACGCAGCGAAAAGAAAAAUCGUCGUGACAAGAAGAGACGCUAUGGUUCUGAGAAGUGGGCAGAUGCACCAGUUACAGACUUCAUCAAUGGAUCAUGGACCCGCGAAGAAGAUGAAGCUAUUGUAGACUGGGUAAACACACAUGGACCUACAUCUUGGACGAAGCUCGCAGAGUCUCUUCCAGGUCGUAUUGGAAAACAAUGCCGCGAGAGAUGGCACAACUCUCUCAACCCUACACUUAUCAAGACAGGCUGGACUUUAAAGGAAGAUCAAAUCAUUUGCAAGUUUCAGUUCAAGCUCGGAAAUAGAUGGGCUCGUAUUGCAGAGAUGCUUCCAGGAAGAACAGAUAAUGCAGUAAAGAAUAGGUGGAACUCUACACUUAAGAAGAGGGCUUCACAGAUUCUUGCUAAUCUUCCACCAAGUCCUAAAAAGAAUGCCACAGAAUCUUCUGAGGAAGAUGAACCAACAGAUGAAUCAUUUGACGAUGAACCAAAGACAGCUUCUUCUCCACAUGCUAUGGAAGAAGAGAAACCAUCAGACGAAGAAGAAAAGAAGAACAUUGACGUUCCUUCACUACCAGAUGAAUUACCUUCGCUCGUAAUCCCAACACCAGCUUUGGAUAAGAGUUCAAUUGUAUUUACAAUGCUCUCUCCUAUUUCACCAACAAUGAGAAAUUCAACAUUCUUCUCAUCAUUGGACAAGGAUUCACCAAAGGUGGAUUGGAUCGAUUGCUGGGACAACCAUGAACAAGAGAUCACAGAAAGCAUUGGGCAAACUCAAAUGGGAUUGUUCGACAUCAGCUGCCCUGAUAUUUAA